CAAUGGGCGGCGGGGGGCGGGGCGGGGCGGUCCGCCGGGGAGCGGGGCGGCCGGGCCGAGCCGAGCCGAGCCGAGCCGGGCCCGACAUGGGCAACGCGGCCGCGGCCAAGAAGGGCGGCGAGCUGGAGAGCGGGGCCAUUCUAGGCCAUGCUAGUCCAUACUGGUCCAUAUUGGUCUACAGUGGUGCACACUACAUCAUACUGGUCUAUACUGGGCCGUACUAGACCAUACAGGGCCAAGGAAGAUUUCCUGAAAAAAUGGGAGAAUCCGGCCCAGAACACGGCCAGCCUGGAGCAGUUCGAGCGCAUCCGCACGCUGGGCACCGGCUCCUUCGGGCGCGUCAUGCUCGUGCGCCACAAGGACUCGGGCCACCACUACGCCAUGAAGAUCCUCGAUAAGCAGAAGGUGGUGAAGCUGAAGCAGAUCGAGCACACGCUCAACGAGAAGCGCAUCCUGCAAGCCGUCACCUUCCCCUUCCUCGUGCGCCUCGAGUACUCCUUCAAGGACAACUCCAACCUGUACAUGGUGAUGGAGUACAUCCCGGGGGGGGAGAUGUUCUCCCACCUCCGCCGCAUCGGCCGCUUCAGCGAGCCCCACGCCCGGUUCUACGCGGCCCAAAUCGUGCUGACGUUCGAGUACCUGCACGCGCUCGACCUCAUCUACCGCGACCUCAAACCCGAGAACCUGCUCAUCGACCAGCAGGGCUACAUCGAGGUGACAGAUUUCGGCUUCGCCAAGCGAGUCAAGGGCCGGACCUGGACGCUGUGCGGGACCCCCGAGUACCUGGCGCCCGAAAUCAUCCUCAGCAAGGGGUACAACAAGGCCGUGGACUGGUGGGCCUUGGGCGUCCUCAUCUACGAGAUGGCGGCCGGCUACCCGCCCUUCUUCGCCGACCAGCCCAUCCAGAUCUACGAGAAGAUCGUCUCGGGGAAGCUCGGACCUCAAGGACCUGCUGCGCAACCUGCUCCAGGUGGACCUCACCAAGCGCUUCGGCAACCUGCGCAACGGCGUCGCCGACAUCAAGGGCCACAAGUGGUUCUCCACCACCGACUGGAUCGCCAUCUACCAGCGCAAGGUGGAGGCCCCCUUCGUGCCCAAGUGCAAGGGCCCCGGCGACACCAGCAACUUCGACGAGUACGAGGAGGAGGAGAUCCGCGUCUCCCUCACCGACAAGUGCGCCAAGGAGUUCGCCGACUUCUAGGGGGGGGCCGCCCCCGGGGGGGGGGCUGCGGAUCCCCCGGGGGGGGGGAACAAAACCCCGGGGGGGGACAAACCCCCAAGGAGGGGGCAAAACCCCCAGGGAGAGGGGGCAAACCCCCCUGGGGGGUCCACAUAGCCCCAUGGCAGGGGGCAGCUCCCCCCCCAACAUGAUGCUAUGGGGGGGGGUCAUUCCCCCCCCCGGGGUAAUUGGUGGGGGUUUGCCCCCCCGGGGUAAUUUGGGGGGGGGGUUGUUCCCCCUCACCCUUAAAGCAGGGGGAGAUUUGCUCCCCCUCCCGGGAUAAAGGAGGGGGGAGAUUUGCCCCCCCAGGUAAAGGAGGGGGGGAUUUCCCCCCCCCAAGGUUAAGGAAGGGGUUGAUUUGCCCCCCUUGGGGUAAAAGAGGGGGUAAAUUGCCCCCCCAGGGGAGGAAGGGGUAAUUUGUCCCCCCCCGGGGUAAAGGAGGGGGUAGAGUUCCCCUCCCCGGGGUAAUUAAGGCUGUGGGUUUGCCCCCCCUCCACAGUAAAAGAGGGGGUAAUUUGCCCCCCCCAGGUUAAAGGGGGGUAAUUUGCCCCCCCAGGGUGAAGCAGGGGGUAGAUUUGCCCCCCCCGGGGUAAACGAGGGGGUAGGUUUGCACCCCAGAGUAAAUAAGGGUGUGGACUUGCCCCCCCCCCAGGGUAAAGGAGGGGGUAGCUUUGCCCCCCCGGGGUAAUUAAGGGUAUAGAUUUGCCCCCCCGGGGUGGUUCAGGGCUUGGCCCCCCCUGGUUAUUUGGGGGGUUAAUUUGCCCCCCCCCCGGGGUUUAUUGGGGAGUAUUUGCCCCCCCCAGGGGUAAGUGGGGGGGGGUUGCCCCCACGGGGGGGCAGGGGGGGGGGUAUGUUCCCCCCGGUUUUAUUCGGGUCGAGCCCCUAUUUUUAGCGGAGGGGGGGCAGCGUCUGACAUCCCCCCCACGAUUUUAACUGAUUGUUUCGGUUUUAAGCCCAAAUUGUGGGGGGUGGGAGGGGGGAUUGGGGGGGUGAUGCGGCUGGGGAGGUUUUUAAAUGGGGGGGCAGGAUUGGGCCCCCCCCUUUUUGGGGGUCCCCCCCAGUGUGGGGGCUGCUGGGGACCCCCCAGGGGGGCAGGUCUGGGGGGGCCCAAAUGCCGGGGGGGUCCCCGAGCCUGUGGGGGGGUCCUCGAGCCUAGGGGGGGUCCCCACAUCCCGGGGGGGUCCCCAGCCCCCGGCCCCCCCCACGUGCUUCAUUGUAAACUUAUUUGAGACGAAUCCAAUAAAGUUUUGUUUAAAAA